AUGGGCAAUAAAGUUUCCAGCGGAAACAAAAGGGGCAGCAGCAGCAGCAAGAAAUUGAGCAAGCACAUUUCCGUCAGAACCAAACAGACAGGAGAAUUACAUAAGAAGGAAAUAAAUUUGGGUUUCGCUCAGAUCUUGGAGAAGAACCAACAUGUUUAUACUGAUCCAACAUUUGUAUGUGACUUCUGUCUUCAGUUGAUUCAUCUGGAAAACUCAUUCAACAUCAAGGGUUGCACCCAUGUUUACUGUCAAGAGUGCACUGUUAAAUACGUAGUCUCUAGUCUCCGAAUAAAUGUCACAUCCAUUGUGUGCCCUGUACCGGACUGCCAGGGUGUCUUAGACCCAGAUCACUGCCGUCAAAUCCUUCCAUCCGACGUCAUUGUUUCGUGGGGCAAUGCUUUAUAUGAGUCUGUACUUGCCCCUGAGAGCGAUAUUGAUUCGACCUUCAUAUGUGAUUUCUGUGUUGAGCCAGUUAACCUGAAAGACUCAUUUAACAUAAAGGGUUGCACCCAUUUUUACUGUCAAGGCUGCAUUGUUAAAUUCAUAGCAUCCAAGCUGCAAGACAAUGUCACUUGCAUUACGUGCCCUGUACCGGACUGCAGCGGCACGCUAGACAUCGAGUACUGCCGUCCAAUUAUCCCGGAAGACGUCUUUGAUUGGUGGGGAAAGGCCUUAUGUGAAUCUGUCGUUAUGGACCCUCGGAGGAAGUACUUAUACUGUCCAUACAACUCGUGCUCGGCACUGUUGAUUAAUGAGGAACCAGAGGAUACCAGUCAGUCUGUGUGUCCUCAUUGCAAUAGAGAAUUUUGCGCCAUGUGUAAGGUUCCUUGGCAUACCGAAUUUGACUGUGCCAUGUUUCAGAAGUUGAAAGAGAAGGGCGAAGACAAGAUGUUGGAAGUGCUUGCCAAGAAUAAGAACUGGAGGAGGUGUCCAAAUUGCAAUUAUUACGUUGAAAGAAAUGAGGGGUGUAGCUACAUUUUAUGCAGGUCAGUUGAAAUUGUCUACUGCCUCUAG